AUGUGUGCCAUAUGUAGCCGUCGAACAAAUAAUUCAGCGGUUUGUCGUGAGUGCCUUUCAGAAAGUCGAGCAGAUUUUUUUGUUCAAGAGUUAUGUUUACAUGAUCAGUAUUAUACAACUACGAUCAGUAAUUUAGGUCUUGACCUUGUCGAUGAUGAAUCUGUCGAAGACCAUGUAUUACGAAUCAUAAAUAAUGGAGAGUAUACGAGUGUUCUCACUUUAGCCGCUCUAUCAUCGGUAUUUGAUCGUCCUAUACGAUCGGUAUAUCCGAAUGUUAAUGGAGAUAUCAGUGGUGAAGAAGAUGGUUAUUAUACAUUGCUGAAUCGGACAUUUGAACCACGACAAAAGUCACAAAACCCUUCAUCAGCAUUGCAAGUUAUGUGGUCGGGACCGAAACCAGAACGUGAUCGAAUAUGGCGCACAAACCAUUUCGUGCCACUUCUCUCUACACAUCAACAGCAGAUGAAUACACAAUC